AUGUCGAAGGUUAUCGCAGUCGCCGGUGGAACUGGUAGCUUUGGCCGCACGCUCGUGGAGGAGUUGAAGAAGGCACCUCUGUACGAUGUCAUUGUCUUGGCUCCUAAAGCGACCAUAAAGGUUCCCGAAGUGAAUGAUGAGGAAGCGCCCGUCAUUGCAGUGGACUAUAGCAAUGUGGACGAAACUGCGCAAAAGCUGGCUAGCAACAACGUUGAAAUUGUCAUCUCUACUAUCAGCGUGAUCGACCAAGUUUCUUCGGUUUCCCAAGUUGACUUGGUGAAGGCAGCCAGCAAAUCUGGCACAGUUAAACGCUUCAUCACCAGUGAAUGGGGUACCCCUCACACUGAAGUGUCUCCCAUGUAUCAGAUCCGAGAAAACACCGUAAUUGAGCUUCGCAAGACCAACUUGGAAUGGACCCGCGUUGCUAAUGGCUACUUUAUGGACUACUACGGCUACCCACAUGUUAAAACUAAUCUGAAGCCAUUAUUCUUUGCAGUAGACCCGCCGAACAAGACUGCUGGUAUCCCUGGCACAGGAAAUGAGGUCCUUUCUUUUACGUACACCUAUGACGUGGCCAAAUUUGUUGUUGCAGCUCUGGGUUUGCCCAAAUGGGAGGAGACGACUUACUGUUACGGAGAGAAGACAACGUUCAACAGGCUUCUUGCGCUUGCUGAAGAAGCUCAAGGCACUAAGUUUACCGUUACAUACGAUCCUCCUGAGAAACUUGCCAAAGGAGAGAUUACAGAACUGCCUUCUCACCCUGGAAUGUAUCCUUACUUUCCGAAGCCGGCGCUCCAGGGUCUAUUUUCACUAUUCGGUUCCUGGGUACUUGACGGGCGCCUGAACGUGCCAGAAGAGAAGAGUCUGAACGUCAAGUUCCCCGAAAUUAAGACUACCAAGUUGGCCGAAAUCGUUGGAGCUUGGAAGGGUCAUUGA